CACAUUCACUGCCAGAUCCAUCGCCGGCAAGCAGCGUCAACCGCUGGAGCAGCACCUUCCUCCUUUUGGCCCUCCCUCUGCCCAUAUUACAGAGAGGCCAGCACGCACCUGGCCCUCCAUUUUUUCGUUUCUUCCAAACACACUCACGAGCAGAGCAGAGCAGCGCCCGCGCCCCGCAGGCAGGCAGCACCUCUCCAAUGUCGUCCUCGUAUCACUCCAAGUACGCCGUCCAGCCGGCCGGGGAGCAUGGGAAAGAGGAGGAGGAGGAGCAGCAGCAUCAGAGGCAGACUGCCUCCAGCGCUGCCAGCAGGUGGGCCGUCUCUGCCGACGAUCAGCAGCAGGAAAGCGGAGGCGUCAAUAAUGAUCGCAGCUACAGCAACGACGACGAGGGCAGUGCAGCUGCAGCCCAAGGCAAUGCCAGCUUCGACAGCACUGGAAUGAUCAACCCGGCCCCCGCCAGCGAGCACUCCGAAACAGGCGCAGACACAUCGCAGCAAGACCUGCCGCCAAAUCCGCACCUGACCAGUCCCCUCCUGUACCUCUCCAACGUACCGGUCGCGUCGACGGACAAGGAGCUCGCCCAGAACGUCUUUGGCCAGUGCCUCCCCGUCCGUCUGCGCGUCCAGCGCGAUCAGAUGUCCGCCUGGCAGGUCCUGACGAACGGCACUGUCGAGUUUCAGUCUCUGUACAAGGCCGAGCUCGCGUAUGCGACCGUCUCCAGCGCUUCCAGCAGCGCUAAUGGCAACAGCAACAGCAACAGCAAUUGCGGCAUCUCGCUCUCCAUCUCUUCCGCUGGCACUACCGCGGACCCAACCCCGCACGCGCGCCCGCGGCUCAUUAAGCAGCUCCCGCCCAGCACGACCGCCGAGUCGCUCUUCCCCCUGCUGCGGCCGUACGGCCCGAUCCACCGCAUCUCGCUCGUCCUGCACAACCCGCAUACUGGCCAGCUGACCGGCUUCCGCGGCAUGGCCCUCAUUGACUUUUACGACGAGGCCCACGCCGACAGCGCGCAGCGCGACUUGCACUGCUCUGAGCUCGACGGCCGCACCAUUAGCAUCAGCGUCGACACGGUCCAGCGCAAGACCCCCAGCUUGUCCGCUGGUGCGGCCGAGUUCACUCCCAGUGGCGCCAUAGUGUCGAGCGCAUCCUCAUGGACCCCAGCAAGCCGGACGAUGAACGCUUCGGCUCCACCCUUCAGUGCAGCGCCGCGCAACAACAGCUACAACACCAACAACCCUCCGAUCCCCGUCGGUCCCGGCUCGAAUCUGCAGUACAAUGAUGCGGCGGGCACAUACAUUGACCCGUGCAACCUGUUCGUCAAGAACCUGCCCCCGACGCUCGAAUCCAACGACCUGUUUCAGGCGUUCCGCUCAUUCGGCCGCAUCGUCUCGGCGCGCGUCAUGCGCGACGAGCAGACCGGCAAGAGCCGCGAGUUUGGUUUUGUCAGCUUCACCGACCAGCACAGCGCCGCCGAGGCGAUGCGCGUCAUGAACGGAUGCCUGCUCGACGGGCACCACGCCGCGGCACCCGGCACGAACGGGCAAAGCAGUAGCAGCAACAACAACCAAAAGGGCCUCAGCGUCAGCCUGCACGAGCCCAAGCGUAUGCGUCAGGAAAAACUCGCCGCCAAGUUCGGCGGUGCUGGCGCAGGCUCCGUUCCGGGCCCAGCACACUCGAGACCCGGCAGCUCCGGCUCGCCGAGCCUUUUUGAGCACGCAGCAGCAGGCGCGAGCGGGCACUCCCCCGACCCGUCCUCCUCGUCCACGCCGCCGAUGCGUCAGUCCGGCGGAAUGGCAGCAGACCCCUCCGGGCCUGUGUCAGCGCCAACGGCACGGAGGCCCGGCCACGAGCGGCGCGGUAGCAACAGCUACUUCCGCGCCGCGAUGGAGGCGGACGCCAACGCGCACCUCGACGUCUCACAGCUUGCCGCGCUCUCGCCAAGCGUGCGCAACGAGGUGCUCGCGGGUCUCUUCGACAGGCGCGUGCGCGCUGUGCCCACCCUGGCAGACGGUGCCAACGGCCAGGCGCUUGGCGCAGAGGAGCGCGAAGAGGGAGAGCUCGUGGAGAGCUCGGAGGACGAUGCGCAGGUGCAGGCCGUCGUAGCGGCCAUGGUGGCACGUCUCAGCCUCGCUGAAGCGGUCGAGGCGCUGCGCGAUCCGGCUGUGUUCGUCGGGCAUGUACAUGCUGUGCAGGAGAGUCGCAAAGCUGCUGCUGCUGGUGUUAGUGGUGAAGAUGCUUCUGCACCACCCGCGCAAAAUAGCCUCUCCGUAAGCGGGCUGCAAGUACGACGUACAAACUCCAGCUCUGCCGCCGGCGACAGCGCGUCGUUGCUCAGCGCGGCGCCUGCAUCGUCGAAAGAACGCGCGCGCAUUCUGAAGGCGAUCCAAUCGCUCCAGCCGUCCCUGCCGACCUCAACGCUCGAGCUGGUCGAGGACAUCACCGACCUACUUGUCGGCCUGCCCAAAAAGGACCGCGCGCUGUGUCUCUUCAACCAGGAGGUUUUGAGAGCAAAAGUGGAGGAUGCAAAGGAGAUCUUGGAGAUGAGCGAUGGUGAAGAUGGGACUACGCCGGCAGUUGCGCCUACACCUGCCGCCGCGCCUGCCGUUGCAGCGCCUCAGCAGAGUGCUCAGGCUACAGGCAAAUCAGAACCAGUCGGUAGUGGCAGCAGCAAGUCGUACACGCUCGCCCAGCUCGCAGCGCUCCCCGCCUCGGAGAUCAUUGCUCUCGCCCAGCCGUCCGCCCCCUCGUCGUCAUCCACUGGCUUGCCGUUACCGAAAGCGGAUCCGAACGUCGUGCACGAGACCGAUGCGUUCAUCGACACGCUGGCGGGCAAGCUGCCCCAAGACCAGAAGCAGAAGCUGGGCGAUCUGCUGUUCAAGAAAGUCAAGAGUUUUGGAGUCAAGGGCGCACCCAAGAUCACCAUCGCCCUGCUAGAUAGCGAAGACUUGCGCGCCCUGGCGCACCUCAUGAAUUCGUACCCCGAGUGCCUGAAGGAGAAAGUGCUGCAGCUCGCAAGUGCGCCAAAGUGAGCCGAUGUCCACGUUGUCAAGGAUAUGUCAGGGGGCCACAGUUCUGUCAAAUUGGUGCCCAUUCAAAUGGAUAGGCGAACUGGGUCCCAGGCUAAGGAUUGCGGAGUUUAGCCAUAACGCAGGAUAACAAAAAAGUAUCUUUCCAAGUAGUUGUCGCAAUUCGAGAACACGGCUUUACGCUUUUCGCACCAUCCGC